CCCAACAACAAUAAAAAAAUUAAAAAAAAAUACAAAUCUGCGUCCUCUGUCUUUGAUACAAAUCUAUAGCGAGGCUCACCCAAACCCUAGAUCUAACCCCAGCCGUCAGAUCAGAUCAAUGGGGCGAUCUCUUCUGGACCGUUGGAAUCUUAGGAGACAGCAAUGGUGGAGGUAGAAAUCGCAUUUGUGGGUAUCCAGAAGAGGCGUGAAGAUUAUUGUCUCGAGUUUGGGUGUGUGUUUUUUUCAUAUUGAUGGCCAAUAAUUCGAAUUUCCUCUAGCUAUUUUUUGUUAUUUCGGUGAUGUGUGAUUUGGUCGCGCGUACGGGUCGGCUCCAGCAGCGGUACGAGGAUGGCUCGCGUCUCGUAGCCGGGUGUGUUCCGUUUAGGUAUAUAAACUCUGACGAAGAUGGUAAUUCUGAAUCUGGGAAAGUGGUUCAAGUGUUGAUGAUCAGCUCAUCUAGUGGACCGGGACUUUUGUUUCCCAAGGGAGGAUGGGAGAAUGAUGAGACAGUGAAAGAGGCUGCAGUAAGGGAAGCAGUUGAAGAAGCAGGAGUCCGUGGGAUUUUAAUGGGUUUCUUGGGAGAUUAUGAGUUCAAGAGCAAAACACACCAAGAUGAGUUUAGCCCGGAAGGUUUGUGUAAAGCGGCAAUGUACGCGUUGUAUGUGAAGGAAGAGCUAGAGACGUGGCCGGAACAGAAGACAAGAACAAGGACAUGGCUGACAAUCGAAGAAGCUGUAGAGAGUUGCAGGCACGCAUGGAUGAAGGAUGCGCUGGUGGAAGGAUUCUGUAAAUGGCAUAAGGAGAAGAUGGUGAAAGGAGAGGAGAUAGCAGAUGCGCAUGGAGGAGAAGCUUGCGACUCCGAAACAUAGGAGUUUCAAAACUUCAGUUGUUUUCCUCUUUCACAGUUGUCUUCAUCAUUUUCAAUAAUUCUGAAAAGAAAGACAGCUCUUAACAAUUGUGUUUAAUAUCAUUCAUAAUUAAGAAGUUGUUUGCUUUUUUUGUUGGCGACGAAAUUGGGUGCUUGUAAACUCAGUUUUAAUAUUACUAUGAGCUUUUACA